AUGGCCGCACCUUCCAGGACCGCUGUGCACGUCGACGAGGACUUGGAUGAUCUCGACGAUAUCCUCGAGGAGUUCAAGCCUCCCGCGGCAACAGCCGCAUCCGUCACCGUCCCACCGCCCAGUACCAAAUCUCCCGCAGCCUCAUCUAGUGCACCAAAACCUGUUGCCCAACCCGAUCCGGACGCCUUCAACGCCGAUUUCGCGGACGAGUUUGCGAAGCAGAUGGAGGCCGCGCUCCGUGAACUCGGUGGCGAGUCUGGUGAAGCCGGUCCCUCGUCAACUGCGCCUGCAUCAGACAAGGACAAGGAGCAGGAAGAGGCUUUCAGGAAGGCCUGGGAGAAGUUAUUGGUCGACGGCAUGAAUGGCGAGGGCGAGGGCGAAGGCGCGCCACCCGCAGCGAAUGCAGCCGAAGAUCCCUUCCAGAAGAAUAUUCGCGAGGCCAUGGAACGCUUGAAGCAGAGCGAUGAAACGUUACAGGCGAAUGCUGCUUCAGGUGGCGAUGAUCUAGAGAAGCUACUUGCUUCUUUGGGUGGAGACAGCACGGAUGAAGAUCUGCAUGGUAUCCUGGAGGGAAUGAUGGGCCAACUCAUGAGUAAAGACGUUCUAUACGACCCGUUGAAGGAGUUGCAUGAGAAGUUCCCUGCGUAUAUGAAGGAGAACGACGCAAAGCUCAGCAAAGCGGAUAAGGAGAGGUACCAGGCUCAGAUCGCUUCCAUCACUAAGAUUAUGGCGGUCUUCGACGAUCCUGCGUAUAAAGACGAGGACCCAGAGAAGAGCGCUGAGAUUGUUGCAUUGAUGAGCGAGAUGCAAACGCACGGCUCGCCACCAGAAGAGCUGAUGGGACCUCUACCUCCUGGUCUGAAUCUGGGCACUGACGGGAUACCUAAACUUCCGGAAGACUGCCAGACGCAGUAA